CUGAAAAACGGUUCAAAUUCAAGUUUUAUAUCGCAGGUUUAUAUAGAACAAGGGUCAGUAUAUUGAUGGUGUAUAGCCAAUUCACUGUACUGUAACAUUUUAAAAAGAUGAAAGUUGGCUACAGUAGCUACAAUGGAUCAAUGUUAGAGAUGAAAUGUUGUUGAAAACUGCCAAGUGCCAGAUAACGCAGUAUGUCUGACAAACUUAAGGAAUUUGUUUUGAAGAGAGGAAUUGGGCCGGCUGUACUACAAAGACUUGUCGCUGAUAAGGUAGGAGAAGAGGUGCACACUGCAACCAACAAGCCGUCCAGUACAAUGGAAGAGGUGGCACCAGAGGUUCAGAUCGUGACCACGGCGCCGAUUGCUGUUCUUGACGCAACUCUUCUCACAUCCAUCUUCGUCAGAUGAGCUUGACCAGCACACUGUAGUGUCAUUGCCAGACACCUCCCUCGUCUGGUAUAAAGUGCGAGUCACACAGAUCAGAGACACUCCAAGCGUUUCGACAGAUUCUUGCUUUGGAUUGAUGUUUAUCUUCCUUUUCCAUGCUUGUGUAGCAUUAAAACUAAACAGUAACUUUCUGUGUCAUCUUAGCCUUCUAGGCCACCACCAAUGCAAUGUUUGAUAACUCUUCCUGGAUUAGCACAAUAUGUUCACCCAUUAACAAUGCUGUGUAAUUGAGACGUUGAUGGAUUAUUCAUGGGGAAUAGAGUAAUUUUAGAGAGGAAUUUCUACGUAUAAUUUCUAUGAAGACAUAAAGGUCGAAACUAGUAAAGAAUGUGUUGUCUUGGAGAACUGCUCAGAUGACAUUGAAUUAGGAACACCUACUGUGGUGACAAAUAGGCAGACGUACAUGGAGCUAGGCUUGUGGUGCAGCUGAUACGGCAGACAUAGAGUUUAUAGACACACCAGCUCCUCGUCAGAGAAGACAGUUUAGUUUGCGUAGAGUGUCUCCUUCAGCCACAGUAAUAUACAGUGAAACAGCUGAUAUGUCGGGUAGUAUUAACCACCACUCUAUAGGACCUGAUGCCGACAUGGUAGAAGAUCAGUCUUCCAACCAGACAAAUGAUGCUAUGUCAGCGGAAGAGUAUUUCGGACAAGAUGACAUCCAGUUGGCCAUUGAAGAAAGUUUGUUAAGUAUUUGUAAUAGCAAUAAAGAAGAGAAAGACAGCUCACUGUUGAAGAAAUGGGUUGACAAAGCACUACAACCCUCAGAGCCACAAACAAUAGUUGUUCAGUGGGAGAGGCUGUUACAAAUGAAGUUAAGAGUUGUUGGUAAAUAGACUUUCAACUGGUCACAGCCGCUUCGAAUAGUAUUCUCUGAUGAAGAUGGAGAUGACCAAGGAGGUCCAAAGAGAGAAUAUCUCUGGUUGCUGAGCAAAGCUGUUACAGAGGCUUCCUUGUGUGGCCCUGAGGGAAACCUGAUCUUCGCCCAUGAUGGUGAAAAGCUUGAGCACAUGACAUAUGAAAUGUAUGGUAAAUAGACAGCACACAAUGUCCUUAAUGGUAGAUAUUCUUACGCUUUCCCAGACCAAGGAAAUUUCUCGCAUUAAGGAGAUCCUGGACAGCCCAGACGAUGAGGGAUUUAAGUCGGUUAUCGACAAACAUGCUGACUGGAUUAUUGAUCAAGGCUUAACUUCCUACAAAAACAAAAUUGGAGAAGAAAGAUAAAGUAGCUACAUACCUGCUGAAAAACAUACUUUACUACAGAUUCCAUGCUGAAAUUAACCAAUUUGUUAAUGGACUGGAUAAAGUGGCUUCAUUGCACAAAGAGAUCCUCCAUGCACCUGAAGCAUUUUCUAGUCUGUUUGUUCAUCAAGCUGUUCAUCUAAAGUUUGACACAUUCAGAUUAUUGUAUGAAGUGAACUUCAGUCCAGAGGGUUCCAAUAACCAAAGGUUGGAGAAGGAUACAGUAUACUGCUUGGAGGCAUUCUUGAUUGAAUGUGAUGGUCACAUACUCACAGCUGAUGUUUUAAAGAUAUUAGCUCUUGAGCAAUAACGAACAUGGAGCCCUUUUCAACAACAAACUCUGAAGAACAGCUGCUGUCGAGCAUCUUUGCAGGCAAAAGAUAUGCUUUGUUAUUCAGAGUAUAGAGAAUGGAUGUACUCUAAACAGUACAACAGAACUACAAUAUGUUUUAUCAGACUUGUUACAGUUGUCCCGAUUUGUUUGUGUUGAUAACUGUAUACAGUUUGUUGAUGAAGCACUUCAGAUCUUGGUCCAGUUACAGCCUGAAAACAGCAUUACUGAAAUAGAAAUGUUGGUAAAACAAGGAAGAAAAUAUGAUAUUCCAUUUCAAAUGCUACAGUGUCUAAUAAACUCUGGACUGAAAGUUAGAGACAUUUCAGAGUUGCUGAAUGUAAGUAAGAGAACAGUUGAAAGAAGAAUGGAAGAGUAUAAUCUAUCAGUCCGUCAGACUUAUAGCAACUUGUCUGAUGAGAAAAUAAAGCUGGAAGUUCAACAGCUCUCUGCCAGUUUUCCAAAUGUUGGAUAUAGAACUAUUCAAAGUCUUCUUCUUUCAAAAGGUUUGAAAAUACAGGAACAUAAAGUACGACAUGCUUUAAGAGAGUGUGAUCCUUGUGGAGUGCUCUUUUGCAGAGUAUUUCUGACAUCUUCUAGAAUACAGAGAAGAACAUACUCAGUUAGUGGUCCUCAAGCACUGUGGCAUAUUGACGGAAAUCACAAAUUGAUAAGAUGGCGCCUAGUUAUUCAUGGAGGGGUGGAUGGCUUCUCAAGGUUCCCUGUAUUUUUGAAGGUCAGCAAUAAUAAUAGUGCACAAACUGUCCUAUGUGCCUUUUUAGAGGCUGUUAACAAGUUUGGAAAGCCAGCUAGGGUCAGGUCUGACAAAGGUGGUGAAAAUGUCUUAGUGGCAGAGUACAUGCUUCAGCAUCAACAAUCAGUUGAUAGACCAUUCAUUGCAGGGAGAUCUGUACAUAAUCAAAGAAUUGAACGGUUAUGGAGGGAAAUGUGGGCUGGUGUUACAAGUUUGUACUACACAUUAUUCUACAGCAUGGAAAACAACAGUAUUCUGGAUCCGACAAACAAAACACAUUUAAUGUUGCUACACCUUGUGUUUCUUCAUAGAAUACAAGCUCAUUUAGACAGAUUUACCGAAGCACUGAGGCGGCGUCCACUUAGAACAGAGAACAACAGAACUCCUUUGCAACUUUGGUUGACCAGUAAUCAUGCAACGAGUAUGGAUCAGGACAGUACAAAUGAUUAUGGUAUUGACUACAACCCAGGGGCGUUAAUAACUCAUCCAGAAUCAGUAGUUGUUCCAGACAGCAUGGAAAUCACAGAAAAUCAGAAACAACAGUUACAACAUAUACUUCAGAAAGACUCGAACAAUUUUGGUGUUGAUAUCUACCAAGAAAUAUUGGAAUAUUGGACUGUCAAUAACUUAUAACUAUAUUUUAGAAAAAAGGUGCAAGGAAAAUACAAAAAGUGAAGAAACUACUUUUUUGCAUUUUUAGUCCACCAUCUACAAUGUACCAGAUGGUGGGCUAGUCAAAUCGCUUUUCAUCCGUGGUCCAUCCAUCCGUCACUCCGUCCUUCCGUUAACAAUUCUUGUUAUCGCAUCUCCUCUGAAUCCACCAUGUGGAUUUUGACAAAACUUGGCCUAAAUGAUCCCCGUGCCUUAGUUGGUCCUAACUGAGAAUGAGGUCACUAGGUCAAAGUUCAAGGUCACAGUGACCUUCAACUUUGCACCUACUUUGAAACUACUGAGUGGAUUUCAAUGAAACUUGGUCACAAUGAUCC